AUGCGUUGGCGUCUGGCGUCGCAGGGGGACGAGACGCUGGGCGACCACACGCGUGCUCUGCUGCGACGCUACGGGGCCCUGCCGCUUCCCCGCAUCACUGCACUGCUCAGUGACGAGUUGCUUGAAACUCUGUCAAACGUCUCCGGCGGGUUACGCCGUUAUCUGCAAGAGCGCCCCUCACGCUUCCGGGUCGAAGUGUUGCCUUCCGGCGUCACGGUUGUCAUGCUGGCGGCCGAGCUGCGGGGCGUCGGCCCCGGAUUGCCCAUCGUUGCGCAGGCCCUCGCCCACCUGGCGGCUUCCCCGCAGCAGCAGAUGACUGUGUCGCAACUAUUCCGCGCCCUUCCGGCGUUGGAGCAGCGCAGGUGCGGCAACGAGCAGUACCUGGAGUCCUUUUUGCUACAGCACCCAUCCUUGCUGACGGUGCAGAACGGCGUUGUGAAGGCGGCGCCAACGUCGUUUGUGCAACAGAGGGGCCUUGCGUCUGCGCCACCGCCGUCGCCGGGUCGAACGACGCAGCUGCAGCAGGCGGUGCCAGAGCCACCAGUCACCUCCAGCACGGUGGUGGAGGAUGCCAAGAUGAAUAAGAUGCUGGCGCUUCUGCAGGGAGUCGUCCCGUUUUCUUACUACGUCCCGCUCAGCUUCGUCACGCGACAUUCAAGAAGUUACAUGUGUUUUUCUCAUGGAAUGCCGGUGGAGGAUAUUUUAGAGGAGUUGCAGCGUGUUCCGGCGAACAUGCUCGACUGCCGCGUCAUUGGAGACGGCGCGAACGACGUUUUUCUGCGCAUGAUGGAUGCCGAGCGGCGGCCCUACGUGAACGCUGAAACAAGACUUUCCCCGGACUUUGAGGUGUUGCCGCUGGGGGCACCGCUCAUCGAGGCCUUCCGCGCCUUCGCGGCUCAAGGCCCAGACCAGCUGCGGCGUCUACGGUCAGGCAUUGCCAUGACUGAGCUGAAAGAUAUUCUCCCAGCGGAACUCGUGAAGCGUCUGCACCUGUACAACUCAACAGAUAAGGAUGCAGCCUGUAUCUUUGUUUUUGACCGCCUUCGCCAUUUGUUUGACGUCAACAUGGCUGCGUACAUGGUUCGUCCCUGGGAAGUCCUCCCCGCACACGCGCAGCCGUCCAGUUUGACAUGGCAAACCACACCGGUUCCUGUGGUGCUGCGCCAUAGUCUCAUGGCUCUUGAGAAGAAGCCGCUCUCCCCUGAGGAGUUCCCUAACACGUUGCCUUCCGCCUCGCGAAAGCAGCUGCAGUGCGCCUAUGCCUCCGUGCUGGACUUUGCCGCCCACCACUCUCUCUACUUAUUUGUCAAGGACGGUCUCAUUUGGACGCCGUAUCUUGCAGCCGCGUCGCAGGGGGCCCGAGUCCCCGCGUCUGCACGCAACGCCUCGUCGGGGCGCCACUUGACUGAGGCCCUCAAAGCUAAAAUGCUGAUGGAGGUGUUGCCGUUGGGUCACCCGGUGGAUUGGCAUCGAUUUCGCUUGCAUCCCCAGGCACGUGGACUGCCGUUUGAGACACGUCACCUGCGCCAGGACUUCUUUGAGCGGCACAGGGAAUGCUUCCGCGUGUACGAGGUGCUUGGGACCAACACACUCAUUUUGGGCAGGCGUGACGGCGUCCCACCGCCGGCCCACCUACUGCAGCCGCCGUGCCACUCCCUAAGCGACCUCGUGCGACAGAUGGCACUCUUCUCCAUCGGCGGUGCCCAGGAGGCGAGUAUCAUGAAUCACUUGUCGAAAGACGCACGGUUGCUAAUGCGACGCUACGGGACACUGGAACACAUUGCCCGUCAGCUGCCCAUGUGGUUUGACGUGCGCAGCGAGAGGCGAGAGCCGGGAAGCGCCAUCAUCUCGUACAUCGCCACCGACCCGACGCCCCACACAAGCGCGGAACAACAGCCAGUUGAAGAAGAGGGAGAAGGACGAAAAUAA